UUACUAUUUGGCCACAAUGCAGCAUCUAUUUAUUCCACUACCUUUUGCAUUCUUCUUCCAUAGUUCCAUUUAUUCUUCACUCCAUUAACUGCUGCAUGAAAGAUGGGAUUUUUGGGAGUUGUGUUGAUGGGGUUUAUUUUAUUAGUAGGAGUAGGUGUUCAUGGGAAUGAUGCUAAUGGUAAUAGUUGGUUGGAUGCCCAUGCAACCUUCUAUGGUGGGGGUGAUGCCUCUGCCACAAUGGGUGGAGCUUGUGGAUAUGGAAACCUGAUUAGGCAAGGAUAUGGGACUGAAACAGCCGCUUUGAGCAGUGCAUUGUUCAACAAUGGCAUGAGCUGUGGGGCAUGUUUUGAGGUGAAGUGUGUGAGUGAUCAAAGAUGGUGCCUCCCUGGCUCAGUUGUGGUCACUGCCACCAAUUUCUGUCCUCCAAACAAUGCCCUCCCAAGCGAUAACGGCGGUUGGUGCAACCCUCCCCUUCAACACUUUGAUCUCUCUCAACCUGUCUUCCAACAAAUUGCUCAAUACAGAGCCGGCAUAGUCUCUGUAGCUUAUAGAAGGGUCCCAUGCCAAAGGAAAGGAGGCAUCAGAUUCACCAUCAAUGGCCAUUCUUACUUCAACUUAGUCCUAAUCACCAAUGUUGGGGGUGCGGGCGACGUUACCGCGGUUUCCAUCAAAGGAUCAAGAACCGGUUGGCAACCAAUGUCCAGGAACUGGGGUCAGAACUGGCAGAGCAAUUCUUACCUCAAUGGACAAAGCCUCUCCUUUAAGAUCACCGCCAGCGACGGCCGCACCCUUGUCUCCAGUGAUGUUGCCCCUCCUGGUUGGUCCUUUGGCCAGACCUUCACAGGGCAACAAUUCCCUUAGGAGACACAAUAACAUAGAUCCUUAUUUCUCAUACAAUUACUACUAUAUUACCAUUUAUGGUUGAUAUUCAGUAGGAUAAAUUUAUAAUGCAGAGUAAAACAAAUAUAGGAGUAAGUCAUUAAGAGAAAAUGGGAGGGGAUUAUUUUAAAUUGUUCCUUAUCAUUUGGAUUGUAUUACAAUAAGAGUUAUGCGCUGCUUUCUAAAGGCAGUGGGGAGAUUAUCACCGGCCAUUUUAUCUUAUUUUUUUGGUCUAUUGUGAGGUUUAGUCAAGUUUGAAGCAUGAUUUUUGAGCUUAGCCAAGAAUAACAAGAAUAUAUAUAAUAAGAAGCAU